UCAUCACCACAUCACACAAUCAACUUCAUUCACCCUCUAAGAGCUUAAUUGCUUGCCAUUUUAGUUAGCUCAAUCCACAAUGGCAACUAAAAUUGUCACCUUGUCUUUCGUGUUCCUCCUAGCUCUAGCCACAUCCACUGAAGCCUCAAAGUACCAGUUCCAAAAGCUCAAAGAAACCAACAUGGUGUUCUACAUGCAAGAUUGGGAGACGGGCGCCAAUGCCACUGCCACCCCAGUCGCUGGCAUCCCCCACAAGCGGUGGUGGAUCCUUGGGUUCGGAACGAUCUUUGCCACGGAUGAUAAGUUGACAGUGGCUAUUGAAAGGAACUCAUCUGAGGUUGGAAGGGCUCAUGGAAUUUACGUGAACUCAGCAUUGGAUGGCUCUGAUUUGCAUCUAUUGAUGUCAUUUGUGUUCACCAACAAGGAGUACAAUGGUAGCACCUUAGAAAUACAAGGGGCAGACAGGUUCUACCUAAAGUAUAGGGAGGUAUCCGUGGUUUCAGGAACCGGGUUAUUCAGGUUGGCUCGUGGUUAUGCUACUUUGGAGACUCUUUUUCUUGACAUUCCCAAUUCUAAUGCAAUCAUCAGGUGGAAUGUGACAGUUUUUCACUACUGAGUUGUUGGAAUAUUAGUAUGGAAUAGGCGUAAAAUAGAAAUGGAAUGGUUUGUCAUAUUUUUGAUUUACCAUAUAAUAAAAUGAUUGUAAUAAUUUGUUUUGACAAGUACCUUAAUGUUUAAGGAACAAAGUUUUCUUCU